AUGGAAAUAUUCGAGGAUAUUAGGUGGGACUUUCAAAAUAAUUCUUUUCGAUCAAAAUCUUUAUCAAAUAGAUCUAAGCUUACUUGUAUUUCAUUUUCGAUUUCUCGUAUGACAAAUCGUAUUGUUCAUCAUCUAUUUCGUCGAAAUAAACGUCGUUCUCUUAAAACUAAUAAACAACAUAGUCAAUUAACAACUAAUAUGGACUUAUAUCAAUAUAUACCAUCAGAUAGUGAACUUCAACAACUUCUUUAUACUUAA